GGGCCCUGGGACACAGGGGUGGGUGUUCUAAGCUGGGGAGUUCAUAGAAGGGGAAAGAGGUGGGUACCGGCUUGAGCCAGGUGGCAGGCAGGCAAGGUACCUAUAUGAUAUCUGGGUACAUCAGGCCAUGAAAUAUUUGGGCUUUUGAGCUUGCAACUGCGUUGUGGGUCCAACUGCCACCUGCAUACCAAAGCCUUCCAGGACCUCAACUCCAAUGCAGCCCUCUUUCUGGAGCCAUUACUGUUGCUUGGAGAGGGUUGGUAGAUUCCCAGGGGAGCUGGGUCCCUAUCAUUCAAAAAUAUCUGGGUGCCCACUUUGAUCAUGUAUAUGAUGUCCACCCUGGCCAGCCCAAGACACCAGGAAGACAGCAUUCCAGGCUAACCUCAUUAUCUAGUUAUGUUUUGGUCAGGAGUGUGUCUGGGUUGGGAGACAGAGGAGGUGGGGGCAGGGCUCUGACAUCCUAUGUCCUUGUCAGUUUAUUCAGUGCCCAAUGGGAACUGAUUAAAGAUCUGAGUAGAUCUGGAGGAUGUUUCUAGAAGGGUGCCACAGGGCUCUGGCUUGGAGGUGGAUGAAAUUGCACGGGACACCAGAGUUAAGAAUCAUCAAACUCCCACAGACUGAAACAAGGAUCAGAACAAAUGAGGAAAUGAAACAGUAGCCAGGUGUGGCAGGCCUGGAGUCCCAGUUACUUGGGAGGCUGAAGCAAUUCAGGAGUUUGAGGCUCCAAUGAGCUGUGAUCAUACAACUGUACUCUUCAAGCCUGGGCAAUAAAGCAAGACCCUAUCUUAAAAGAAAAGGAAAAAGAAGUAAAAGACAGAAAACAGGAAAAAGUUCCCUCACUUGAGCCCAAAAUUCAAUUAACAUAGACAAUGGUGGGUCAGGGCUUGGGCCUUUCCUUGGUAGUGCUUAAUCACUUUAAUGUGAUCUCUGGUCACUUUAAUAGAGGUAGACCAUACAGAAAAAGGGAGGGGAUGGCUCAGAUCUUUGGCACUGCUCAUAGCACAGUCCCCAGAUAGGGUUUGUGUACUAUACUUCAGAAGAUAGAGGUAGAACAGGGCAAGUAAGUGUGGGGCAGGGGCUGCAAUUGGGGGCCCUUGGGAAGUGUCCAAAGGGGAAGGAAUGCUUACUCCAGAAACCUAGAGAGGAUGUGGAUGCUGUCAUCAGAUCUCUGACAGGUUCUUUAUGGCCUGGGAUCAAACCACAGGAAAGGGAAGAACUUUCUAACAGUUGGGGUUACCCAAGAUGGGCAGAGCUGCCUGGGAAAUCUAGUGAGCACUCCAUCACAGAAGGCAUGCAAUCUGAGGCUGGAAACUGAAGCCAAGAGGACAUUUUAGGGCCUGAGAGUCUGCAGUUGUAGCUCCAAUAGGGAUGUCAAUAGUGUGUGGGCACCAGAUACUGAUGUGGGGGAGGCUUCCAGAAGGAGGUGGCAUCCAAGGAUGAGGGGGAUGUCAUCUGCCUGGAAUCAACGUUCCAUGCAGAGGGAAAUACAUGGGGGAAGCAGGGAGCACAGUGGGUGGAUUGUAGGUGCAGGAGAGAGUUAUAGGUGUGGUGUAGUAGGGUAGUGGAGGUGAAAAGUCCUGAGGAGGAAGGGAGGGAGGACUUGGUAAGAAUAGGUCUCCUUGGAGCAUCCCCUCUGGGUUUUGCUUGGAGCCACAACUGGUUUGCCCAAGGCUAGGAGGUCAGGUCCUAAACCCUCUGAAUGGCUUUAGGGCCAGUCUGAAUGCCACCUGUAGGGUGGACACCAACCUGCGUGCCCCAGUCAAACCCUGGCCUGGUUUCUCCUUCCCCAGCUGUACCCACAAAGGUGGGGCACCUGGAGGAGGGCAUGGGUGUCUUCCCCUGCCCACCCUCUGUUGGAGAAACAUCCUGGUCCAGACUUCAGCUCUCUGGGGAGGCCAUGGAGCUGGUAGGUCUGAGCUGGAGGGACACCUGGAGAAGAUAAAUCCUCAUUUUACAGAUGGGCAAGUUGAGGCUAGAAGAGGGUCUCUGAGGCCAGAGCAGGGGACUCACUCAGCAGACUACUGAGAAUUUUCUGGUUUCUUCCCCAGAGAAAGGGAUGCCAGAGCUGGAAAAUUUUCCUAAUACUCUUUCUCAUACACCCCUAUCUUCUGGGCACCAGGACAGGGAGGGUUGGGUACUGAAUGGCAGGAACUCCCGGAGCCCCUUCUCAACCUGGCAAGUAGCCCAGUAAAGGGAGCUGGCCUCCUCCAGGCUGUGCUCUGCCUCAGUUUACUUAGGGAGUGUUCCUCUGACUCAACUCCUAGACCUGGCGUGGUCUAAAAGUGUAACUAUGGCUCCUAGAUUCUCUGUGUUUUUGGGGGGGUGGCCACCUGGUGGCAGCCACAUGCCCUUGUGGGGAGUGGGAACAAGGAUUUACAUUAGCUGCUGUGGGAGGAGGUGUGAUCUCUUGAUGCAAGGAGGCCCCUCUGAGAUACUUUUAUAAAAGCUCCCAAACACCUCCUCUCCUGGCUGGUCCCCACUUUGGUAGGGUCAAGGGGCCCGUGGACCCCAGGACACAGCUUACUUAGAGGACAUGCUCUAGUUUCUUGUUUUUUUGUGCCUCCCUUCCUGCAGCCAGGCACUGUCCCCAUUUCACAAAAAGAGAAGACAGACCCAGAUGGGAAGUCCCUCAGCCACUGGUGUCUGUGAACUACCCAGUAGUUCCCCUCAGCUUAUCCAGACCCUCCACCUCCAUCUGCCUUAGUUCUGGCAUUGAGUGGGGCCACUGCUGAGCACAGCAGUUUCCACUCCUAUAGGGCACUAAGAAUGGGGUGAGACUGAGCCCACCCUAAACCCCAGGCGGAGUAGUGCUGGUCCCUGCACCAGGGUGGUCACCUGGGUAUCCUUGCCUGAGCUGUGGAGCCAGAUCUUAGCCUUGCUGGCAGAUUGGACUGACUCUAGCCAACUCAAGAUGUGGGGUACACAGUAUGACCAUGGCUAGCAUACUGGGAAGUCAAAGGUAUAAUCACCUCUGCCACAUGAAGGGGGAGCGGCUUUUAUAUAGCUGCUUCUGGGGCAAUGGGGCCCACAGGUAUAGGCCUAAGGCAGGCAAUGUGACUGGUCCCUUGUUCCUGCGAGGUCCAGCUCUGGGGCUGGAAUGAAGGAAGACCUGUCUAGACUGACAGGAGUAAGAAGAUUCCUAAGAAUCUUUGCUGAGUGGGCAAAGCAGGUACCCAGCAGCACCCCACACCUCAGCCCUGUCCCGGGGUAUGGUGAAGGUGGCCCCAUGUUUGAGCCAUCCCACUUCUGGGGCAGGGUUUGGUAGUGCCUAGUAUCAGGACAGAGCCUGGAAAGGGGACUUGGGACCUCUGGGCUCCUUUUGAAUUAACAUGACUGGGCUGGGAAGUAGAGAGUGCAGCUUCCAGAAAGCUGUCCCAGACAAGGCCUGGGAUUGUAGAGGGGCAGAGGCCUCCCCAGCUGCAGGGAAGGGCGGGCAGCUAGGCAAAGGGGGAGUCCUUGACCUGGAGGCCAAAACUUGGCCCUGGCACCAGUUUAACAGGCAAGGGCUCUCUCCUGGGUCCCCAGAAGUCCUCCAGUUCUCACUGUGUCUGAGAGCUGAGUGCUUAGUCAGGCCUCUUCUUGUCCCUGCCCAGAGGCCGCUGGAGGGAGGGUGAUGGCCCGGGCCAUAGGGCUGCAUGCCAUGUCCCUGCAUAUGCCUGAUGUUGUGCAGUUUGGGGCUCCAGGUCCAAUGGGCCCAGUGGUUCUGCCACAGAUGAAUUCAUAUUUGCACCACCCUAUGCAGGCUAAGGACAGCGAUGAUGAUGAUGAUGUCACUGUCACCGUGGACCGAGACCACUUCAUGGAUGAGUUUUUUGAGCAGGUGGAGGAGAUUCGGGGCUUCAUUGACAAGAUUGCAGAGAAUGUGGAAGAGGUGAAGCGGAAGCACAGCGCCAUCCUAGCCUCCCCCAACCCCGAUGAGAAGACGAAGGAGGAGCUGGAAGAACUCAUGUCCGACAUAAAGAAGACAGCAAACAAAGUGCGUUCAAAGUUAAAGAGCAUCGAGCAGAGCAUUGAGCAGGAGGAAGGCCUGAAUCGCUCCUCAGCCGACUUGAGGAUCCGGAAAACACAGCACUCCACGCUGUCCCGUAAGUUUGUGGAGGUCAUGUCAGAGUACAAUGCAACGCAGUCUGAUUACCGCGAACGCUGCAAGGGCCGCAUUCAGAGGCAGCUGGAGAUCACUGGCCGGACCACAACAAGUGAGGAGCUGGAGGACAUGCUGGAGAGUGGGAAUCCUGCCAUUUUUGCCUCUGGGAUCAUUAUGGACUCCAGCAUCUCGAAGCAGGCUCUGAGCGAGAUUGAGACAAGGCACAGUGAGAUCAUCAAGCUGGAGAACAGCAUCCGUGAGCUGCAUGAUAUGUUCAUGGACAUGGCGAUGCUUGUUGAGAGCCAGGGGGAGAUGAUUGACAGGAUUGAGUACAACGUGGAGCACGCUGUGGACUACGUAGAGAGGGCUGUGUCUGACACAAAGAAGGCUGUCAAGUACCAGAGCAAGGCCCGCAGGGUCAGUAGCCCAGAUCUGCCAUCCCACAACCUGCCCCUUCUUCUUCCCUUUGUCCCUCCCCUCCCUCCUCCCUUCCCCCCAUAGAUCCUACAGACUCAGCGCUCAUAAUCCCUCCCCACCUCCCACCCUAUCUGAGGACCCUCCUGCCUGCUCCCCUGCAGAAGAAAAUCAUGAUCAUCAUCUGCUGUGUGAUCCUGGGUAUCAUCAUCGCCUCUACCUUUGGUGGCAUCUUCGGAUAGAAGCCCCCAACCUGCCACUACACUCUGGAUGGGCCACCCUGAGGAAGCCCCUGGCUGCUGCUGCCUGGCUAGGUUGCCCUCCCCACCCCACCUUACCUCUGGCUUGGAGCACUCCCUCCCACCCCCACUGUGCUGUUCACUUGUGUGGGUCCAACAGUCCCACCCUGCCCUGAGCCAUGUUGUGUGCAUGAUCCUUUGUGACCGUGUUGUCUGUAUAGAAGAGGCAGAGGAAACAGCCCAUGGACCCCUGGCCGCCUUUCCUUACCAGGCAGGGCUGCCCAGGGUGGCACAUGCUACCCUUCCUUGCCUCCAAUAAUGCCACUCAGGCCUGGGCGGGGGCUGCCCUUUCCCAGGAUCUUUCUGGACCCCAACCUUGCUUCCAGCUGACCUACUCACCUGUCUGGUCCUCUGGCCUCUCCAGCUGUCCCUACAAGCCGAACCCCAAGGGAUGGGGACCAGCUGGCCACAUGGUGCUGCUUUUCAGGUUAGGGGAGGGAUGGCCCUGAGGGACAGCCUAGCUCUAAGCUUCUAACAGCUAAUCACUGCCAGGGAGGCUCAGGGUGCUGUGAUCUCCAGCCAUGUCAAGACCAGGCUCCCUCCCCUAUGAAGGGCAAAGUCCAAAAGGCCUUCAGCCUCAACUUCCCUUCCCACAUUCCUAUAGCCCUAGGAGCCACCCCUACAGCUAGGGAGGUAGAGCAGGCCUUAGUCUGUUCUCAAGCCAGUGUUGCAUGUUUGGGAUGGUGGUCCCUGCUCUCUUGUGCUCCAGGAAAUCAGAUGUCACUUCAGGCCUGCAAUCUCACCCUGCCAUCACUGUCCCCCGUUGGUGUGCCAUGUGGGUGUCAGUGUCUUGGACACAGUAUUCAGCAGCCAGCCAGGGAGGGCUACCUCCCCGCCAUCUUGGGGUUUAUCAGAAACGGGCCCCCACCUCAAGACCCCCUCUCCCUGUUGACAGGCAAGGAGUGUGCAUGCGAGUGCAUGCAACAGGAGAUGGGGCCAUGUCUGGGUGCCCCAUCUGCCCUCAGCUUUGCUCCUGCCCAGUGACUAUGACCACUGUCCGUGUUGCCUUCUUCAACAGCAACUCCCUCCCACCCCUUCACCAAAGUUCUUGUACAACCAGCUGCCCAUUUUGUGAAAUUUUUAUGUAGAAUAAACAUUUGUAUCUGUA